AUGCUUGGCUGCUUCUCCCGGCUCCGGCGGCCGGCGCCUACAGCCGGGGCACCGGCGCCCGUGCAGCAUCCGUGUGACGACGCUUCCACGUCUGCUAUGUCGACAUCCACCACGCCCACCUCUCCGUGCUCGUCCUCCUCCUCCGCCCGCUUCAAGAAAGCGAGCCUCCGGGACGGUGGCAGCAGAGGCGGGGAAGCCGACGGCGCCGUCGCGAAGGAGUACCUGUCUUCCGCGGUCACCGUGGACUCCGAGCUGUCGUCGGCCAUCGCGUCCCGCCGGUUCUUCCUCGCCUCUCCAGGCCGGUCCAACUCCAUCGUCGACUCGUCGGCGCACGCCGGGGUGAUCGGUUUGGGCGCGGCCGGCGUGGCUGUGCCGACCUACUCGCCGGACCCGCACGCCGACUUCCUCAAGUCCAUGGAGGAGAUGUCCGCGGCACUGCAGCUGGACGCCAGGCGGCGCGGCGACAGGGCGCGCCUCCACGAGCUGCUGCUCUGCUACCUCGCGCUCAACGACAAGCGCGCACACAGGUACAUCGUCAGCGCCUUCACCGACCUCCUGCUCCGCCUCACCGCCACCACCGACGACCUCGAGCUCGACGACGAGCAGGACGCCUUGUAGCUGCCGGAACCCAGCAGCAGCUAAACAUGUUCUUCCAUUUCUCAGAGAGUUCGGUGCUACGUGUAGGAACAUUCUUUUUUCUUGGUGCAAAAUGCUCGAGCUGUGCUCAGUUGCCCAGAUCAUGCACCUGACUGUACAUAGGUCGUGUGCAAUUUCGUAGCGAAAGUCGCUUU